UGAACCUCCACCUGAUGUGAACAGAAGCUCCGCACUCAGAGGCAGGCAGAGGGCAGCACACACAGCUGAGAGGAAACUCAGAGGAGGGAAUUGCCAAGAAAAGUGGCCAUGGAGCUGAUCCCAAGCUUUUCUGUGGAAACCUGGGUUCUCCUGGCUACCAGCCUGGUGCUCCUCUAUCUAUAUGGAACUUAUUCACAUGGACUGUUUAAGAAGUUGGGGGUUCCUGGCCCAAGACCUCUGCCUCUUUUUGGAAACAUUCUGUCCUACCGAAAGGGUAUUUGUGAAUUUGAUGAAGAAUGUUUUAAAAAGUAUGGGAAAAUGUGGGGGAUUUUUGAAGGUAAAUAUCCUCUGUUGGUUAUCACAGAUCCAGAUGUGAUCAAAACAGUACUAGUGAAAGAAUGUUAUUCUGUCUUCACAAACCGGAAGAUUUUUGGUCCACUGGGAAUUAUGAAAAAUGCUGUUUCUGUGGCUGAGGAUGAACAAUGGAAGAGAAUACGGACAUUGCUGUCUCCAACCUUCACCAGUGGGAAGCUUAAGGAGAUGUUCCCUAUCAUUAGGCAGUAUGGAGAUGUGUUGGUGAGGAACCUGAGGAAGGAAGCAGAGAAAGGCACGUCCAUUGACAUAAAAAAGGUCUUUGGGGGCUACAGCAUGGAUGUGAUUACUAGCACAUCAUUUGGAGUGAAUAUUGAUUCCCUUGGCAACCCACAAGAUCCCUUUGUGGAGAAUGCCAAGAGGCUCUUAAGAUUUGAUAUCCUUGAUCCACUUCUUUUCUCAGUAGCACUCUUUCCAUUCCUUAUCCCAAUCUUUGAAGUGUUAAAUAUCAGCAUAUUUCCAAAAAGCGCUGUGAAUUUUUUCACAACAUCCGUAAAAAAGAUAAAAGAAAGUCGCCUCAAAGAUAUUCAAAAGCCGCGAGUGGAUUUUCUUCAGCUGAUGAUUAACUCCCAGAAUUCCAAGGAAACAGACAAUCAUAAAGGUAACCAAGGAGAGCUGGGGAGACACAGAGCAGUUCUUAAAAUGUGCAGGAAGAUUUCAAGGCAGAUGGGAAUUUAGGCCAAAUUGAAGAAAGACACUUGUGCAGAAAGAAAGAGUAGACUGUGGUACUUUCUAGAAGUUUGCAGGCAUAACUUUGUUCAGAGCUCGAAGGGCAAGUAUAACAAGGAUGUCAUGCCCAGAAGUCAGUUAUGAUGUGGAUCACUACAGCUGAACCUCUGGGGAGCUUGGUUCCAAUAUCAGUUCUCAGGCUCCUCCAGACCCACCAAGUCAGAACCUCUGCCUGGAAAUUUGCAUCAAGGCUUCAUCCUUUCAUUCAUCAGGGGGCACAUUGCCCCAUUGUUGGUGACCUUAACUUGGAACACUUUUAAACUUGUGUUCACAGGCUUAUUCUACUGUAAAGUGUAAUUGUUUUUCCCUUUGUUAUUAACAGGUAAUUUCUGGGAGAAGACUUUGAGACUGUAAAUAUUCUGUUCCUCUUCAAAUUUUCACCCACUGGUUUUAUCAUUCAUGGAUGGUUUUUGACUGAAAUCAUUGUUACUAUGAUGAUUAAAACAUGCCUCUUGAAACCCAUCA